AGCCCGUCGUCCGCAAAGACACAAAGACGAAGGGGACGGUGGGCUCCCGGGAGGCGAGUCCUGGCUCCUCUCCUGGAGCCCUGCAGUGAAUGGGAGCCCAGGCUCGCUACAGAGAUCGGCCAGGCUGCUUUGAGGAUGGCGUGACCCGGUCUUGAAAGUCCCGACCUGCGGAUGGUGACAGCCAUGUCGGUGAGGGUGCGGUUCCUGUCCUCCGGGGACGCAGGGGCUGUGGGGGUCGUGGGCCGGAGUGCCUCCUUUGCGGGCUUCAGCAACGCACAGAGCCGCAGGAUCGCAAAGUCCAUCCAGAGGAACUCGGUGAGGUCCCGAAUGCCCGUGAAAUCCUCCAAGAUGUACGGCACGCUGCGGAAGGGGUCUGUUUGCCUGGAUUCCAAGACGCAGCAAGUGAAGAAGACCUUCGAGGCGCUGAAGAGAGGCCUCAAGGAGUACCUGUGCGUGCAGCAGGCUGAGCUGGAUUACCUGUCAGGACGCCACAAGGACACACAUAGGAACUCCAGGCUGGCUUUCUAUUACGACCUGGACAAGCAAACGCGCUCUGUGGAGAGGCACAUUCGGAAGAUGGAAUUUCACAUCAGCAAGGUGGACGAGCUCUACGAGGGCUACUGCAUCCAGUGCCGCCUGCGAGACGGCGCCUCCAACAUGCAGCGCGCCUUCUCCCGGUGCCCGCCCAGCCGCGCCUCCCGGGAGAGCCUGCAGGAGCUGGGCCGCAGCCUGCAGGAGUGCGCCGAGGACAUGUGGCUCAUAGAGGGGGCCCUGGAGGUCCACCUGGGCGAGUUCCACGUCAGGAUGAAAGGCUUGGUGGGCUACGCGCGCCUCUGUCCAGGAGACCAGUAUGAGGUUCUUAUGCGCCUGGGCCGCCAGCGCUGGAAGCUGAAGGGCCGGAUUGAGUCCGACGACAGCCAGACCUGGGACGAGGAGGACAGGGCCUUCAUCCCCACCCUGCACGAGAACUUCGAGAUCAAGGUGACAGAGCUGCGUGGCCUGAGCUCGCUGGCGGUGGGUGCAGUGACGUGUGACAUCACCGACUUCUUCACGACCCGGCCACAGGUCAUCGUGGUGGACAUCACAGAGCUGGGCACCAUCAAGCUGCAGCUGGAGGUGCUGUGGAAUCCAUUUGAUACUGAGAGUUCCUUGGUGUCACCCAGCCCCACAGUCAAGUUCUCUGUGGGCAGCAGGAAGGGCUCCUUGUACAACUGGACACCCCCAAGCACCCCCAGCUUCCGGGAGAGGUACUACCUGUCUGUCCUGCGGCAGCCAGCACAACAGGCCUUGCUGCUGGGCAGUCCGAGGGCCACCUCCAUCGUCAGCUACCUGUCCGACAACGACCUUCGAGGCCCUGGCCUGUGCAGCCGCAGUCAGGAGCUGCCCGAGAUGGACUCCUUCAGCUCCGAGGACCCCCGAGACACCGAGACCAGCACAUCAGCAUCCACCUCAGACGUGGGGUUCCUGCCCUUGGCCGUUGGCCCCAAUGCCUCCACUGAAGAGGCGGCCCAGGAGGACUCCCCGCCCCUGGGCCUCCUCCCAGAGAUGGCCUACCUGGCAGGAGGCUCGUUUGUGGAGCAGCCCGGCUGGAGGAAUUUGGGAGUAGAGAGCCCCAGCCUGCCACGGGGCUCCCCACUCCACAACCAUACGAUGCCGGACAGCCAGAAAGACCAUGUCGAAGGAGAAACCGGGGACAGAGUGGAUGGGCCUGGGGUGACCCUCGAGAGGCCCCUGCAGGAGGUCCUGGAUUUACUGAGGUGCACAGACCCCUCCCAGCCCCGGCUCCGGGAGCUGGAGUACCAGGUCCUCAGCUUCAGGGACCGGCUGAAGCCCCGCGGAGGCCGCCGGGAGCACAGCUCGGCCGAGAGCCUGAUGGAAUGCAUCCUGGAGAGCUUCGCCUUCCUCAACGCAGACUUCGCCCCCCAUGAGCUGUGCCUCUUUGGGGGCCCCCAGGGUCCCCGAAAGGACAGGACCCUGCCCCCGCCACCAUCACUGAAAGAGUCAUCCAGGGAGCUCACGGCUGGUGCCCCAGAGCUGGACACACUGCUCACAGUCCACCUCCAAGUCUGCAAGGCUCUGCUGCAGAAACUGGCCUCUCCUAAUUUGUCGAGGAUGGUCCAGGAACGCCUUCUGGAAGAAGCUGCGCAGCAAAAGCAGGUUCUGGAGACUCUUUCUAUGCUUGAUUUUGAGAAGGUCAGCAAGGCGAUGUCCGUUGAAGAGAUCCUCCCGCAGGCCGCGUGGAGGAAGGGCUGCCUGAAGCUGUGGAGAGGGUGCACGGAGCCCGGCGCCGUCCUGGCCUGCCCCGCCGCCUCGCUGCUCAACCAGCUCAAGAAGACAUUCCUGCACAGAGUCCGGGGGAAGUACCCGGGGCAGCUGGAAAUAGCGUGCCGCAGGCUUCUGGAGCAGGUGGUCAGCUGCAGCGGGCUGCUCCCCGGAGCCGGCCUCCCCGAAGAACAGACUGUCACCUGGUUCCAGUUUCACAGCUACCUGCAGAGGCAGAGUGUCUCGGACCUGGAGAAGCACUUUGCCCAGCUCACGAAGGAAGUAACACUCAUUGAGGAGCUGCAGUGCACAGCACAGGCCAAGACGGUCAGGAAGCUGCAGGGGAAGCGGCUGGGCCAGCUCCAGCCCCUGCCCCAGACGUUAAGGGCCUGGGCACUGCUGCAGCUGGACGGGACUCCAAAGGUGUGCAGGGCAGCCAGUGCUUCCCUGGCCAGCGCAGCCAAGAGCAAGAGCUUUCGGGAAAAGGCUUUGCUUUUCUACACCAACGCCCUGACCGAGAACGAUGCAAAACUCCAGCAAGCUGCGUGCAUGGCGCUGAAACAUCUCAGGGGCAUCGAAAGCAUUGACCAGAUUGCUGGCCUGUGCCAAUCUGACCUGGAGGCCGUGCGAGCAGCGGCCCGGGAAGCCACAUUGUCAUUCGGUGAAAAAGGACGCUUUGCUUUUGAGAAGAUGGACAAACUUUGCUCAGAACAAAGAGAAGCCUUUUGCCAGGAGGCAGAUGUUGAAAUCACAAUAUUUUAAAAACCCUCAGGCAAUGAGCUCAAAUCUGGCCUCUUGGUUUUUGCUGCUGCCCAGUCCUAAUACAGGGACUGAGCGUGGAUGAGGGCACACUGCUGCUCCCCUGCAGCGGAAGGGGCCAGAGCUGCUCGGAUUGUUACAAAGCCCCAGGGCACAAGUGGGACUUUGUAAAAGGAGCACUUCAGAGGCGAGCUACUUCAAGGAAGCUACUAGCUUUUGGCUUUGAGAAUCUGUCCUCCCCAGGAUGCAGAGCCAGCCACACUAUGAAGGAGUCAAGGCCUGGAAUAAAAGGCUCCAAGAUGAACGUGAACUUGUCUCCUUGCAGGUCAGCUGGAUCAGUACCUCUGGUUCAACAAAUACCCGCAGGCCUGUGAGUCAGUGGGUCAAGUCAUUUCCACUGUAGGAGCUGUCACCUGGGCGACCUGGGGAAGAUGGGAAGGCACAGAACCAGAGUUUCUGUGAUUCACCUCUUAACCCGAGCUGUGGCCCAAGUGCCUGGUGGCAGCCUGCUGCCCAAGGACCUUACUUUCACCAUGCUCAACAGCACAAAGGAAAGCAGAGGCUCAAGUGUCAUAUCAGUAAAAGCAUUCACUCUGACCUCACUAAACAAAAUGAAAUCCAACUUCUGAAGCAAGUCAACUUAGGGCCUAUUAAAUUACUCCAGACGUCAUAGCUGGUGUGAAGAUUUCACGGAACAGCAUGUUGCUUUAAAAAACCAAAUUAGUUUCCUAUUUAAGUCUAAGACUCAAAUGUGUACUGAGCUGUUUCUGUGUUAAUAAUGUCAAGAUAACCUAGGGUUUGAAUGUGGCUAUCAACAAUGGCAUUGGAGAACUUUGGAACUUAAACAUUCUCAUUUACACUUCCUGUAUAUAUUUUGUGCUUUUCAAUUUAACUUAGUAUUUAUUUGACUUGUUUAUAUGUUCAACUUUCUGAAAUUUCAAUUAAAAGAUCAAUUUUUA